AUGGGCUGCAAGAACAACCGUGGACAGGCCAAGCUUGUACCUAUGUCUAUCAAGAUCGCACAGGAGCAGAACAACCAGAAGGACGAACUUGCUGCGAAGAUGUCAGCUGAAGACAAGAAGUGGCAUGAGCAGAGAGCUGCCUGGAACAAGCUGCAGUUGGAGAAGAAGGCUGCUGAAGAAAAGAGGUUAGCCGACAAGAAGAUCACCGAGGAGAACGCUAAAAAGGUGGCUGCAACCAUCCAAUAUGAGUGCAUUCAAAAGCACUACGCAAUCGUUCUUAGAGAAAACGGUGAUGAGAAGAAGCUUUUCAUCGAUCUCAAUUUCAUCGCUGAUCCACCAACCGAUAUGAUGGCAUUAAUGAAAGUCCUACCAGAGUACGCUUCAUCCAUCACCAAGGUUCAGAUCAAGCUGAUCCAGCCCAUACAGCACGGAUCGCGGGCAGUCUAUCAGCAACGUGUCAACAACAUGAAAAAAUUCGUUGAGCAACUCAACUCUUUUGCACUCACCGAACUCGACAUCCUCGUUGACAUUGACAACGAGAACAACUUCCAGCAAUUGAAGCUGGCUGCGGCUUUCAACGGCCUUAACUUCCAGGAUUGGAGCAUGAAGUACCAAAUCAUGACAAGUUCUGAACAUUAUCCAAUUGAGCGAUACAGCUCUUACGGAAAGCGACUCCGCGGUGUAUACCGCACUGAAUUUGUUACUCAGUAA